AUGCCCAUGGUCAAGUGUUGCCUGGGUGGCAAAGGACUGCCCCAUAAGCCUUGUAAUGGCAGGUUCUCUUCCUGCAACAGUCCCUCUAGCAGUGCCAAGGUCAAAGUGGAGACAACUGGUGUCUUAGCUGAGAUGUAUGGAAUAUUGGAGUUGUCCACUCACACAGUUUUCAAUCUGCAGCAUGAAUCAAAGAGUCAGCUGAAUCAUGAAGCACUUCUCCUUCUUGAUGUAGCAUGUGCACAAUGCAAAGUCUUUUGUGUGGAACAAGCUCUGGCCACAUGCAUCACCCACAAAUAUGAAUUGAUGGCCAAGUUGUACAAGUACAAGGCAGGCAGUGGUGAGGUGAGAGUCCAAAAAAAAGAUAUGGAGGUUGGCUCAUUACAUGUAGCAAUGAAAAAACAUGGACUGGGGGAGCCUAUUUUCAAUGUUAGUGUUCUGGCCAGUGAGCUGCAGCCAUCUCUCAAGUCUGAUGGCACAGUUAUUGAGCAUGCUGGUAGUCAAAUACUCACCAUUUGUCUAGACUAG